GUUACGUAUGUACUAUGUAUGUAUUAAAGCAACGAACUUUUUGCUUUUGCAGUUUGGUGAGCGUGAAGUCUUCUUCUCUUCCAUACCAAAGCCAUAGCACAACACACUCAGCACUGCAACCUCUUCUUUUCUCCAAUCUCUACCCCAUUAAAAAACCUCUGCUGCUGCAAUAAUUUUUUUUAGGGUUUUGAAGAGGGAGAGGGUCAAUGCAGAAAGGUGGAAAGAGUAAAUGUGCAUCUACGUCGCACCAUCUGUUGAUGGAUAAUGCAAAAAACCGGCUAAAUGAUCUUGAAGAAAGAUUCUUUAACAUUCAGACUGCUAGGAAAGAGGGAAGAAAUAAUGAUGUUGCUUUGCUGGAGGAGCAGGUGUGUCAAAGCCUUCGUGAGUGGAAAGCAGAGCUUGAUGUGCCAUCACCUGCAAAUUCUUUGCUUGAUAUCAGUCUGGGGUCCUUUUCAGAGGAUAUAGGCCGCUUGUUGCAAUUGUAUGAGGAGGAAGACGAUGCCACAAGUCCAUUAACAAUGCAGUCAGUUUUGAAGCCAGAAACACAGCCUGAGCCCAAUUUUCAAAACCUUAAUCUCGGCAAUUUAACAACAUUUCAAGAUGAAUAUCUGGUGAAUAGUCAUAGUCAGGAGCUUGGUUUUCAAGGGUUUCAUCAACCCAACGGCUCCUCAGGUUUGCAAAAUGUAGCAGUUAGUGACCCCGAUAUAACUACCUUAUUGGAUUGUCAUCAGUUCACUUUAGAUGAAGAAUUUGACCCUGGGCAUUUUGUUGGCACUAAUGACACCAAAGAGUGUGGAAUAAAUUCUGAGAGUAACAAUCUACAGUAUAUCAGCCCUCCACCUUCUGCUUUUAUGGGGCCUAAAUGUGCUUUAUGGGACUGCACCAGGCCUGCUCAAGGAGCUGAAUGGUGCGAGGACUACUGUAGCAGCUUUCAUGCUACCCUGGCCUUAAAUGAAGGCCCCCCUGGUAUGACUCCAGUUUUGCGGCCCAGAGGCAUCAAUUUGAAGGAUAAUUUACUAUUUGAUGCUCUUACUGCAAAGAUGCAGGGUAAGAAUGUUGGCAUUCCUCAAUGUGAAGGUGCUGCUGUCAUGAAGUCCCCAUGGAAUGCUGCUGAGCUAUUUGAUCUUUCAUUACUUGAGGGUGAAACAAUUAGGGAGUGGCUCUUUUUUGAUAAGCCUAGAAGAGCAUUCGACAGUGGAAAUAGGAAGCAGAGGUCAUUGCCAGACUACAGUGGGCGUGGAUGGCAUGAAUCAAGAAAGCAGGUGAUGAAGGAGCUUGGGGGGAAGAAGAAGUCCUAUUAUAUGGACCCACAACCUCCAGGUUGUCAUGAGUGGCAUUUAUAUGAAUAUGAGAUCAACAACUGCGAUGCUUGUGCAUUAUAUAGGUUAGAAUUCAAACUUGCUGAUGGGAAGAAGACUCCCAAAGGAAAAGUUUCAAAGGAUUCACUAGUUGAUCUGCAGAAGAAGAUGGGAAGACUCACUGCUGUUGUAACUGCAGAUAAUAGUCCCUCUGAUAAGGGAAAGACGAACACUUCUGGCACUGGCCAUGGGCCAUGAUUUCAUAAAAUCAUUUUCUAAAUAGCUUUGGUGUAAUCCAUGGAACAUAGUUGCGGAAUCUUGCCUGAAUGUGGAAACUAACAGAAGUCUAUAACAAAGUAUUUCUGAUGAUUCUUUUACGAGGAACUGCAGAUGAUUUUAUAAAGAAGUUAGUUUACUCACUCCUUUAGUAAAUAUCUUGGCAGUACUUCUCUUUCCAGUUUGCAAUGGAUGACACCAACCUUUUUCUGUUGAUUUGAAGAGCCGUCUCAGUUUACUGGAUGAAAUGCUGGCAGAUAAUUAUUGUACAGAGUAGUCGACUAAACCUCCAUCAGUUAAGUUGGAGACAAAGGUCAAAACUGAAGAGGACUUCUUUAAGUGUAAAGUAUAUGGUACCCAUUUUAGUAUUUGUGUUCCCUGCUACUGUUAAGUCUAUAUAUUGUGAUGCUAACAAACCAUAUGUGAAGUCAAUAUGGAAGCGCAUCAUUUUUACUUUAGAAUGUGGUGAAGACAGAAUGCAAAACUUCCUUCAGCUCUUGAGUAAUGUUUUUGGAUGUGUCUGGUAUUUUUCAA